AUGGGAUCCAUCACCAACAUGAAGCUCUCCUCUGAGCACGACAUUGCAAAGAUCUUCAACUCCUACGUUGCCGCCGGCGCCAUCGGCACUGCUUGGGAACUCGGACUACUGGACCAGGUCCGUACACAAAAGGCUGUGGAUAUCGACGAGUUCGCGGCCAACCGCAACCUGGAUCUCGCUUCGACCCGCGCCCUGGUCUCCGCGCUCGCUACCUCUGACAUCCUCCAGCGUCAGGGGGGAACUGCCCUGCCCGGGAGGUUGCUUGAAGAGGCAUACCGGACCAAAAGUCUCUUUCACUGGCUUGCUCUUGGUUCCGGCAGUUUGUUCGCGCGCAUGCAAUACGUCAUUCGCAACGAGAAUCGUGAGGGCAAAUUUUACUCGCGUGAUUCUGCGGCAAUCGCCUACGCGUGCCGUGACGCAAACACGCAAUUCAUUGAUCCGGUCUUCCUCAACGCCCUAAAGUCGUCUGGCCAGAACUUUACCUCCGUUGUGGACCUGGGCAGUGGGAGUGGCGAGAGGAUCAUGCAAGUCCUCGACCGCUAUCCUGAGAGCACUGGACUUGGCAUCGAUAUUGCUGGUCCGGCAAUUGAGGUUGCUAGGUCAGAUGCUGUGAAGCGUGGUUAUGGUGGCCGCAUCAAUUUCUUAGUCGGCGAUGCGCGUAAGCUCGACUAUCGGGAUGAGUUUGCCAACGUGGACCUUUUGACGUCCUUUCUGAUGGGCCACGACUUCUGGCCGCGGGAGAAAUGUAUUAGCUCUCUGCAGAGGCUGCGCAAAGCUUUCCCGAGUGUAAAACGAUUUUUCAUCUGCGAUACGGUGCGGAUUCUCACGAAUGAUCCUCAAUCUCGCCAUGCAGUACAAGAGGAUGACGUGCCUAUCUUUACCCUGGGUUUCGAGUUUGGCCAUGCGCUGAUGGAUGUCAAGUUGCCCACAGUGGAGGACUGGGAGGGUGUGUUCGAGGAUGGUGGCUGGAUUUGUGUCAAGCAGCAUCACAUGUUGCCCCCGUCUCUCACGGUUCUUUUCGAACUUGUGCCCCGUGACGCAGAUGCAAUGUAG